CGUAGUAAUACCAAUACGUCUUUAUCCAUUUUAUCGAAUGAGAGGUGCUAUAGCAUUUAACUCAGGGCUACAGCUUGCACUAAACAGUGCCUACAUUCAUUAUGCAACACACUCCUCCAGUCGUAACAAAUAG